CAUGGAGCUAUUUCGGUCCUUUACAAGCCGCUCGAUCCGCUCUUGUUAAUGAAUAGCCUCGCGAGAUGAGGGCAAAGGACGGUACAGCGAGUCCCUUGGCAUCGAAUCCUAUUUCUCUGCCUUGGCAUCGUCUCCCACUUUGAACUUUCCCAUCAGCUUUGGAAGAGGAGGAGGAGGAGGAAAUAUACACACCGUUGUGUAGAUCGCCUUCCGUGCUUGUUGUGCAGCGGCUUCACAGAAUGACUUCUGAUGCAAUUUUCGAAGAAGCUCCCAUUCGGCGAGUGGCAAUCUUUGGAGGGACUCACGGCAAUGAAUUGUCCGGCGUUUUUCUGGUCCACUAUUGGCAGCAAGAGGACCACACUGAGAUCCAAAGGCCUGGCUUGGAGGUCAGGCCAUUUCUGGCCAACCCAAGAGCGAUUGAGAAAUGCUGCCGAUAYGUCGACUGYGACCUGAACCGAACGUUCAAGGAUGACAAUCUGGGAUUCAUGGACCUGUGGGUGCCUUUUACCCACAGAAAGCCACUGGAGGACAACGCUCCCUACGAGGUCAAAAGAGCUCAGGAAAUCAAUCAAAUCUUUGGCCCCAAAGGCAGCCUGGAUGCCUAUGACCUCAUCUUCGACCUGCACAAUACGACCUCCAAUAUGGGAGGCACCCUCAUCCUGGAGAGCUCUGAAGACGCUUUUGCCAUCCAGAUGUGCCGCUACAUCAAGAAUGCUUUGGCACCGGACGGCUGUUCCGUGUUCCUUAUUGAGCAUCCCAGCCUGAAAUAUGCAACGACUCGGUCUAUAGCCAAACAUCCUGUGGGUGUCGAAGUUGGCCCUCAACCCCAAGGAGUCCUCCGAGCUGACAUUCUGGAGAAGAUGAGGAAAAUCAUCAAACACGGCCUUGAUUUUGUUCAACUGUUCAAUUCAGGGAAAGAGUUCCCACCUUGUACGAUCGAGAUUUACAAAAUUACGGAGAAGGUCGACUAUCCGAGAAACAAAAAUGGCGAGAUCACCGCAAUUGUCCACCCGAAACUACAGGAUCAAGACUGGCAGCCUCUCAACCCGGGGGACCCCAUGUUUGUAACUCUCGGAGGAAAGACAAUCCCGUACGACGGAGAGGGCACUGUCUACCCGGCCUUUGUGAACGAGGCUGCCUACUACGAAAAGCAGCAAGCUUUUGUGAAAACGGUCAAAGUAAAACUAAGUGCCCAUGGGCUCAGAGUCUGUUAGAACGGGAAUUACUUGGAAAUUAAUUCUUUUUCAAUCCAAGUGCCAAAUCUAGUAGAAGUGUGCUGGGCUGAACCCAAGAUGGCCCAGAAUAUCAAAGUUUUGAAAUCAGACUUUAAUAUGAAAUAUUAAAGAGUAUUCUGGGCACCGUAGAGCAAAUAUUCACCAUCGUCAAAGCUUUACUACGAUGAAUGCCAUUUAGGGCUGUUGUUUAUAAAAUAAGCUUGAUAUUCAUACUAUUUUAAUACGAUUCUAUUUUGAAUAAUGGUAAUAUAUAUUUUGUAUCUGAUGUAUUGAAGAAUGCAUGUUUUCGAACCACUAGGUUGGCAGAAGCUGGGGCUAACAAUGGGAGCUCACCCUGCUCCACAGAUUCAAACCACCAACCUUGCAGCCAGCAAGUUCUGCAGCUCAGGGGUUUAACCCACUGCACCACCGAUCUUAACAUGAAAGUAGAGUCUCACUUAUCCGACCUUCGCUCAUCCGACAUUCCGUCUUAUCCGACGCUCUUAUCCAAUGCCUCCCUUUUCCUCCAGCAUUUCCCCUUCAAUUCAAGGAGUGCUCCCCAACUCUCUCUCCAUUCCCAAUACAGUAGAGUCUUGCUUAUCUGACCUUCGCUCGUCCGACAUUCUGUCAUAUCUGACAAUCUUAUCCUAUGCCUCCCUUUUCUUCCAGCAUUUCCCCUUCAAUUCAAGGAGCACUCUCCAACUCUUUCUCCAUUCCUAAUACAGUAGAGUCUUGCUUAUCAGACCUUCACUCAUCCCAUAUCCAUCAUAUCUGACACUAUUAUCCAACGCCUCCCUUUUCCUCCAGCAUUUCCCCUUCAAUUCAAAGAGCGCUCCCCAACUUUCUCUCCAUUUCUAAUACAGUAGAGUCUCACUUAUCCAACCUUCGCGCAUCCGACAUUCCAUCUUAUCUGACGCUCUAAUCGAACACCUUCCUCUUCCUCCAGCAUUUCCCCUUCAAUCAAAGGAGCGCUCCCCAACUCUCUCUCCAUUCCUAAUACAGUAUAGUCUCGCUUAUCCGACCUUCGCUCAUCCGAUAUUCUGACCUUUGCUCAUCUGACAUUUCGUCUUAUCCGAUGCUCUGAUCCGAUGCCUCCCUUUUCCUCCAGCAUUUCCCCUUCAAUCAAAGGACCGCUCCCCAACUCUCUCUCCAUUCCUAAUACAGUAUAGUCUCACUUAUACGACCUUAACGCAUCCGACAUUCCAUCAUAUCCGACACUCUUAUCCGACACCUUCCUCUUCCUCCAGCAUUUCCCCUUCAAUCAAAGGAGCGCUCCCCAACUCUCUCUCCAUUCCUAAUACAGUAUAGUCUCGCUUAUCCAACCUUCACUCAUCCAAUAUUACAACUUUCGCUCAUCCGACAUUCCAUCUUAUCCGACACUCUGAUCUGACGCCUCCCUUUUCCUCCAGGAUUUCCCCUUCAAUUAAAGGAGCACUCUCCAACUCUUUCUCCAUUCCUAAUACAGUAGAGUCUGGCUUAUCCGACCUUCACUCAUCCGACGUUCCGUCUUAUCAGACGCUCUGAUCCGACGCCUCCCUUUUCCUCCAGCAUUUCCCCUUCAAUUCAAGGAGCGUUCCCCAACUCUCUCUCCAUUCCCAAAAAGUGAAAAAAGCAAGAUGAGUAGGAGGAGGGAGGAAAGGGGGAAAAGAGGUAGGAUCGGAAGCGGAAGCAUCCUCCCUCCUUCCCUCUGUGAUUUCCAUGCUCCUCUUCCACAUCUGGGCACUUCCUGCUGGGACUCUCUAGCCCUGAGGCAUUACCUUGCCUUAACUCCUUGAGUCCCUGUUGUUAGUAUUCUAGGUGUCUAGCGCCGCGUCAGACAGAUAACAGUCGGAGAUUCCGUAUUAUCUGACAUUCUCGUUUUUCCGACGCCCUGCUGGCCCGUUUAUGUCGGAUAAGCGAGACUCUACUGUAGUUUAUACCAGGAAAAGUGGAAUUCAUUCACUCCAGAAAAUGUUAAACCGUAUCCAUCCGUCCCAACUAUACGGACGAUGGGAAGUUGAGUGGAAACAUUAGGAAGGUUCCUAAGUACUGUCCCCCUUUCCUAAAUCUCUAAUCCCAGAUUCCAUGCUGUCACAGUGGUUAAAGUGGAAUAAUAGCGCUUGAACUGUAGUCUGAAAGGGUGUUGUUAGAAAAGAAGAGAUGACCGGUGCUACGUUUUUGUACUUCUAUUGAACCCCUGCGGACAGAGUUUGCGAGAUGUCUAUGUUCGUAGAAAAGUUUUGAUUUUAUUUACCUUUGCAAUAAAUAAUUCUUUAACAUUC